GCUUCGCUUUAAACAUCAUCUGGCAACGAUGAUUAGAAGCAACAGCGGUCACCAACUGGCUUUUGUCGAAGUGGACAGCACCAACAAUAACAUUAGUAAACAGUGGUCUUGAAUGGGGACGUCAGCAAAGCGGUAUUAGACAUCUUUGUUGUUAUGGGUGAAAUAAAAGUAGUAAAACAAAAAGCGUUAAUACUAUUAUAUGGCCAUUAAGUAUUUGGCGAGGACUGAUAAUACAUUGGCAAAGAAGUGAUAAACAUAAGCGUACAGCAAGCUGGCUGCGUGAAAACAAAGUAUUUGAAGCUGAAUAACAAAUACAAACGAACAUAUGGAACCCGACCGCUACAACGCUGACUAAUGUCAUUACUUGCAUUCUCUAUCUAAACAAAACUUGAAACAUUUGCGUUUAAAUUUUUUGAAUACCUUCGACAAAAGCCUACCUUUGUCGUGCAUUCCAUAUUUUGAAAACCAUUGGCAUUUUGCAAUGACACAGCCGCGUUAUGAACUCCUUAACAGCGGUAGUCAACAGGAAGAUGACAGCCCAAACAAGCUUUUAGGACGCACUACUUUCAGUGGACGUUACGAUGAAGGGGACGAAGAAAAUGAGGAAAUCGAAUUGGGCACAGAGCAUCGCAUACGAUACGAGAGUGAUGAUGAAGAAGAUUUCUAUAUAAAUGGGAAUUUAGCAGUCAGAGCCAGUGGACGGGAUAGCAUACACAAUGAAUCGGGAGGAGUAUUGAGUUCGCCGACAACAAUUGCACAACUGGCGGGUUCACGAAUACUGCAUAUGGCAGUCGGAACAGUAGCCACUAUACUACUUUAUUUAGCGCUUUCUAUAACGUUAACAUUCUAUCAGCAGAAGUUAAUCAAGAAACUGAAGUUCCCGCUGACCAUCGUCACUUAUCAUUUGGUUCUGAAACUUUUCCUUUCUGCUGUCGUGCGUGCAAUUUACAAAUCAUGCGCGGGCAAGGCACGAGUUAAAAUAGACCUACGCACAGCAUGGCAAAAAAUGGCACCGACAGGUAUUGCAAGUGGCAUCGACAUUGGCUUUUCAAAUUGGGGCCUCGAACUGGUGUCUAUAUCUUUGUAUACGAUGACUAAAUCAUCAACCAUUGUUUUUAUACUAAUAUUUGCAAUUAUGCUUGGGCUAGAAAAAAAGAGUUUAUUCCUUAUUUUUAUCGUCGGCCUCAUUGCAAUAGGACUUUUUAUGUUUACUUACGAAUCAGCACAAUUUAAUGCACUCGGUUUCAUAUUUCUUCUGCUGGCAUCGCUCAGCAGCGGCAUUCGAUGGAGUUUCGCGCAAUUUGUUAUGCAAAAAUCAAAAUUAGGAUUACACAAUCCUAUUGAUAUGAUAUAUUAUAUGCAACCCUGGAUGAUAGCAUCGCUGUUGCCAUUCUUAGUAACUUUCGAAGGACAACAGCUUUACGAUGUCUUAAGUAAUUUAUCCAAUACACCCAACGAUGUAAUUUCACUUAAUAUGUUUUAUAUCACCCUUGGUGCUGUGCUGGCAUUUCUAAUGGAAUGUAGCGAGUUUUUGGUACUUUCAAGAACAUCUGGCUUAACACUUUCGAUUGCCGGUAUUUUUAAGGAUAUUUGUCAACUGUCCCUAGGAGUGGAAAUAAAUGGAGAUCAGCUGAACUUGAUUAACGUAUUCGGCUUAAUUGUUUGCUUAGCUGGAAUUUGCAUGCAUUUAUUACACAAAUAUUUGACUUUUACCAAGAUGGAAGCACUAAAUAUGGAUGAAGAAGAUGGUGACUUACAUUUCAAUGAGACUAGCAUUAGCCCCGUUAUAAAUGGGAACAGUCAUGAAUCUGGUGGUAAUUCUAUUGCUGGUGGAAAUGUAAUAACCGCCGUUUUACAAAAGAAGCAUAGCUCACAAACAGUACCAUUGCUAGAACAAAGCGACUCCGACGAUUCCAAUAAUGACAAUGAGCAAAGCGCAUCUGAUGUUAUAUUUGAUGUACUGAAACGACGUGAUAUGCAACGAUAAAAACCCCUUUUUUAUUAAUUAGUAUUAUUACGAUUUUUAAACUGGCUGAUAGGCUAGAAAAUGUAAAUGUUGUAUAAAUCAUUCCUUGCAUAGCGUAGGAGUAAAGGCUUCUACUCUUUAAACUGUGAAAUUAAAUGUUAGCAAAUAAGUACAUUUUAUUAAUUGAAAAAUAAUUUUUAUUUUUCUCCGAAAAAUUAAAGCCGGGUAUAUAAUUUAUUAUUUUAAAUUUGUUUUAACGCCAUAAAAAAGUCGUUCUCGGAG